CACCGCACAAGUCCCACCAAGGAAGAACCAAUUCACGUCCCAAUACUAAUCAAUGUCUCUACUAAAAACCUUUGACUAAUACAUAUUAUCAACGAAUUAUUUUUGAAUUCUACACCAACUCGUACAGGGGAAAUAGACUUUUAUUUUAUGCCGUGUAGAACUAAUUCAUCGUAGUAACCACCUGUGCUACCAGUUCUUUCUCACCUUUCUCCUAGAUGGAAGCUAUGAGAGAUUCAAUUGCAGUGCCAUGGAUUGUGAGGAUGGUUAUCAGGUUUCAUCCAUUAUUGACAGUAACUAGGCUUAUUUAUUGGGUAAUACUUUUGCAAGAUUGGAUUGAAGAGAAGGUGAGCAAUCAAUGGAAAGCCCUCAAGGUGUAUUUCCAAUCAACAAUGAGAUCUCUGUUAGAUCCUAUUAUUGAGAAGAUGAAGAAUCUAUCGAAAGUCCUCGAGAUGCAUCUCCACAACGAAGCGGCAAAGGGUCAACUAAAGGCCAAACUAGUUGGUAAACUUGCCAUGUUUUCUGCCAUAUUUCUUCUAGAGAAUACAGAGUUAAGUUCAAAAUAUGAUGGAAGAGGAGUCAAAGUGCAGUUAUUGACGAUAAUUGGCCUUGGGCUGUUAAGACAUUCAAAGCCUUGGAGUCAAUUUAAAAUUCUUCUUGGAAGGUACAACUGCAUGGUAAAUUCAACAUCAAACUUCAUCUUCUUCAUUAUAGCACUUCUUUUUGCAAAAUUUUACGAUAAUUCCUUGAGGGGCCUCAGUGCCAUGUUGUGCAUCUCAGUUUUUCUUCUAUGUGUACUAGUGGUAUCACGACCGCAAACAGACCUUGGGUUGUUUAAUUUUGUCAUUGGAGUCAUUGGAUCUAUUACUUACAACCGCUAUGAGUUGAACUUUCCCACAUGGAUAAUUGCUUCCAUCUGUUUUGUGUCAUUCAGUUUCAAGAACUGGUUAGAUAAGUAUUGGUUGGAUUUGGAAGAAGAUCCCUGCACAAAUACCACAAUUGAAAGUGUUAGUGUGUUGUUUAUUUUUUCAUCAACAGUUACAUGUUUUGCAAACAGCAUCUUCAUUUCUUCUACUUUCAAAUCUUCCCUAUCCAACUAUAAAAACGGGUUAGUUAAGGCAACUGUUAUUGUGCUUUAUAGUCUCUGUAAGUUCUAUAAUAAUUCCCAAGAUAGCUCAAUGCCCUCUACAAAUACCAAAGGAAUUAGUGGUUUGGUUUUGACAGUUGUAAAUAUUGCACAAGGCAUGUUCAAGUUUGCUCUUAUCACAUUUCCCAUGGCCAAUUAUAAAGAUUGGUUAUUUAUAGUAAUCAGUUAUGUCAUUUUUUGUUUCUGGUUGCAAAGCUUUUUUCCCAAAGAUAUGUUUCUGCUCUCUACAAAUACCAAAGGAAUCAAAGACAAGAUUUGGGCUAUGCAAUCAAUUGCUAAAUACGGUAUUGUGGUGUUGGCUGGUUUUGAACCUCGAGUGUACUAUAGAGAAUGGUUGGUUACGGUAACCUGUUAUGUGUUUUGGUGGGUUCAGUUACGUAUGUCCUUUCCCAAAGAUCUGUCACUUCUGUUCAACACAAUUGAAUUUAAAGCUCAGUGGUGGAUACUGUCAGCAUUAGUUUACAUGCUUCCAGAUGUCAUAUCUUGGAUCAAACUAUCUAGAACAACAUAUCAUCGACAACUACAAGUAUGAAAAUAUUAGACACUAGCUUAAAUCAUAAUAAGUACUUAGAUAUAUGGAAAUUUUUAUAGUCUUGUGUGACACUAUUUUCAAGUAUAUGUUUGUAUCCAGAAUCCUUAUUAAAAUCGACCAAUCAUAUGUAAUUUUUUAGUCAUUUGUGUUUUAUUCAUUUGAAUUUCUUGCUAUUGUUCUUUUUUUUUUUUUCUUUUAUAUAGAUAUCAAAAUGGCACACCUUUAUCUUAUUUUAAUUUACGGAGAAUGUUUUUUUUUUUUUUUCCAUCUAAUCUGUGCAUACUAAUAAAAUUGGAUUUUGUAC